GUAGUUCAACCAUAUUAUUACAUUUAGGAUCUUACCUUCCUUUUAAACUAGAAUAUUUAUGUUUUGAUCUUCAUUACAUUAAAGCAAGUGAAUUUGAAGAAUUUCUAAGACAAUCUCAACAUACUUUUAUUAAAAAAUUAUUAAUCAAUAGCAAUGAAGGUCAAGAUAUCUUGCCCUCUAUAAAAGAAUAUAUCAUGAAAAGGAAAAGGGUUAAGUAUUUGGCUAUUAGUGAUUCUUCCCGUGAAUAUACAUUUGGUAGUUAUAGUCAUAAUGUUAAGGAGUUGUUUUCACUGAAUUAUGAGGUGGAUGAAUUUAGGUUAUAUAAUAUUGAAGUGCAAAGUUAUUUGAGUUUAAAGAUUGACUCGUAUAAUUAUAUAAAGGAAAUUAAUUAAUAGAGAUAUUCUUUUAUAUACAGUAAGUUGUUUAUAAAUUCCUACCUAUUCUUUA